UUCAGCGAGAGAGGAGAAAUUACCAGCUUUCCGUCUUGCUUGCAUUUGAAUUGAUUGGGACCUUGCACGUACAUAUAUAUUAUUGGAGUUCCGGACCCAGAUCCAGACCUUUCGCUUUGUCCGUCUAGGCCCUCGUGGACCGCGAAUUUGGCCAGAUUGCACUUUCCGCUCACGGAGAGAUCUAUAGACGGCCACCUUCUCCAUCUUCGGUUUUGUUACGAUUCACACCUGUUCAAUCAUCAGACACAGAAGACAAUUGUACUUGCAAGGCUCGUCGCAGCUUUCUCAGAACUCCCCGAUCCCGAAGCUUCGGAACGCAACUGAGAUUGAGUUGGACCCUGGCCCGUCUUUUCUUCACGAAUCAGCGAGCCUUUGAGCUGUCCAUAUCGGGAAGGAACAGACAUCAACGGCUAAUACACGACUACGAGUAAUCGAUUUGGCUUUCAGUUUGGUGGUAUUUGGGCUCUCCGCCCUUGGAGAAAUAUAUCGUCGCUCAAAGGAACUUCUCAAGUGUCGCACCGAAAUUCCAACAGCCAAAAACAACGCAACGACUGCCAGACUGUGUUUCAUCACGGAUCUGGUUGCUAAAAGGUCGAAUCAAUUUUGCCUCGUCAAGCGAGAGGCUGAAACCUUCAACAAUCUUCAUCAUGUCGGCUGCGUCUGUCAUAAACGUCCGCGUUACCGCAUGCGGCUGUGGGAGAUAUAUCAGAAUGGGCCUGGAUCGAUGCACAGAAUGCUCUCGCGAGCUGCAGAGACAAGAACAACAACGAAGCACAUCGCCAAAUUCCGAAACAUCCUUCUCAUCGUCUCGAAAGUCUUCGACCCACUCGUCACGGCCGAGCACACCAAUUGGUCCUGGCAGGCCAUCGCAAGCACUGAAUGCACUCAAUAAUGCAUUCUCAUCAGAAGACGCACUGGCUGGAUUCUUCCCACAGUCGAGUUUCAGAUCACCCAGGACGAAGCAAAUGCAGAUACGAACUGCAUCUGUCCCGUCGCAAAGGCGUCCAGAGAACGAUGCAGCGGCUUUGAAAAGUUCAAGGAAAUCAUUCAAGGAGCACAGAAUCGGUGGUUUGGACAAGCGCUCAGUGAGCGAGGAUGGCUACUCGCCGAUGGCAGCAGCAUUUGUGCGUGCAGCGAGAAGAGUCCACUUCGUCGAUGGGGAAGCCGAUAAGGAAAAUCGUGGGAGGUACGAGAGCGGAAGGUCUCGAUUAGAGCUUGAGGCGCGGCUAUUUGAUGGCCCAGCAUGAUGGUUUGUUGCAAGAUGAAAUAUGUUGGCUUGAUAGCGUUGUGAUACCCGGUCUGUAUGAAUUAGCGCGGCGUUGUGAAUAGCUGGGGAAAUGAGUCUCUAUUUGUGAAA